AUGAUAAGAUCCCAAUCUAACGAUGUUUGGAUUGGUCUACUCGACAAAGAUUCCCAUGGCGUCUGGCAAUGGCAUGAUGGUUUGUGUAUCAGCUACCUCAACUUCAGCCCAGGUGAGCCUAAUUAUGGGAACGGUGAAAAAGACUGUGCUGUCAUGAGAGAGUUUACAAAUUUCAACAACCGUUGGGACGACAAACCCUGCGAUGCCUUGAACCCAUAUGAUUGUGACAAUGAGUGUAAGGCUCAACGACCUACAACCUGCGUGGGCUACACCUUCGACAACAACAUCUGCACCUAUAAAGUCAAAGCUUUUGAACAAAUAAGCAACAGCGUUCCAACUUAUUUCAUUCGGUGCGAUACAUACUGCGGUGCAGGAUGGCAACUAAGACCCAACACACGAAGCUGCUACAGGUUCGACCAAACAUCUAAAAAGUGGAGCGACGCCAACAGCACGUGUGUAAAUCUUGGUGGGGCUCUGACCACUAUUGUUGACCAGGCCGAGCAGGACUAUGUUUCAGGAUUGAUAAAACAACAAACUAACGACGUUUGGAUCGGGUUGCUUGAUAAAGAGGGUGAGGGUAUCUGGAUGUGGGAAGACGGCUCGUGUCUUAGCUACAUCGACUUUGACCCUUAUGAUCAAGGAAAAACUCCAAUAGUUAACGCAGAUUGUGAAAACGCCUGUAAGGCACAAUUUCCCUCAUCCUGUGUCGGGUAUAGCUAUAAAAACGACAUUUGUACAUUUGAAGUUAAAGUACUUAACAAUACAUUACGCAACGUCAACACAUCUUUCAUCCUAUGUGAUGCACCUCCACCAACAGUGGCUCCCACCACACCCACAACUACGGUUACCACCACUACACCAACUACAACCACAACCACAACUACAACAACCGUAAGAACAACUACCACCCAGACCACGACUACAACAACCCCACGAAGAAGGCACCAUCACGAAAGUAACGAAUGUGACUGCAGUUAUGAUGAAUGUGAUGACGAUGCAAGAUUUAGAUUUUCCGAUUGGAAUCCUUUCCUGUGGCAGCUGAACAAAAAAGGACGGAAGCAGACAAGCCAUCAUCACAGUAGAAAGAUGUUUCAAGACUCAGACUACUUCGCCUUCUUCAAUAAAAGGAAUAGGUGGUAAACUACGAAAAUCAGGGCAUUCGCCAUAUUAAAUUUCUGAUGUUCUUCAAUUCCAAGAAAACUUUUCUUUCAUUUUAAUAAUAGUGGGCUUAUAUUUAUAGUAGAUGAAUUUUCAUAUAUUAUGGUCUUUUCAACUUGUACUUUUUGCUGGUUAAAUUGUUCAUUUUAUAUGUGUUUGUGAAAUAGCUACAACAUUUGUUUGAUCUUUCUGUAAAACUUUCAAAGAUCAAUACUAUACAAAAUCGAAUUUCCCCAACAUAAUUUUACUUAAAAUAUUUUGAAACUUGAUAAAAUGAUUUCAUAUCAUUCAAGCAAACAGAAAUGUUAAAAUAAAUCUAGGUUAUAU